GUUUGUCUCGCUCGAGACAGUUACACUCCAAAAAUCUCUCGAUCGCUUUCUUCCUUCUUCUUCUCCGCCGAUAACUUUUCCCUUCCGGCCACGCGUAACGGUCACAUUUCCGGCGUCUUUUCUCUCUAAAUAUAAUUCCAUUUCAUACUUCAUACACACUAUUUGCGUAUAUUAAUCUACUUUAAACUAUAUACCCUGUUUGAUUGUUGAUUUGUGAAAUACUGUAAAUCUGCUUUAAGUUAGCAUCUGGAUUGUGAGAUUGAGAUUGUAACGACAGAAAUCAGUGAGAGAGAUGUGAGGAUUGAGGGAGUAGAAUGGUGUUGAGUGCUGUGUCGACGACUAAAACGCCAAACCCUAAAGUGAACUAUCAGAAUCAGAAGAGGCAGACAUUUUUGCCGUCCGAAGCUGGGAAUGGAACUGCGAGAAAACCGAAAUCCAGAGAGGUUACUUCACGGUACCAGUCGAGCUCUCUGCCAACCAUUUCUACCUCAACUACGUCAUCUUCCAACUCAUCCAGUUCAUUUUCGCCGUCAUACUCCGUUUCCUCAAGGAAGGAUAGAUCGUCGGUAUUGACGAGGGCGGAGAGACCGGCGGCGAAGCCCAUACAGAAUGCAGCUUCUGUUAAGCGGUCUCUGUCUGCGGACAGGCGCAGGCCGGGAACGCCCGUGAGGGCGGAGAUGUCUGAGGCUGCUAAGCUGCUGCUGACCACGUCUACCAAGAGUUUGUCCGUGUCUUUUCAGAGAGAAUCUUUCCCGCUGCCAUUUAGUAAGGUUAAGAGGGGUACACCGGAGAGGAGACUAACAGUACAGUCCCCUGCUGCUAAGGAUCGAAUUAAUAACCCAAAGCCUAGUGAUCAAAUGAGGUGGCCUGGAAGGUUAAAACCAAAUUCACGUUUCUUAACUCAGAGCUUGGAUUGUGGUAAUGAUGGAUUUGGAUUUGGAUCCAGAAGGGUAGUUCCAGUUUGUUUUGAGAAUAACCAAGCCAGAAUUCAGGGCAAACCAAAAUCUGAAAGUUUGAAUGUUAAGCCACAGAGGAAGGUUGGUUCUGGUUUGGUCUGUGAAGCCUCUGAUGGUGAAAGUAUCUCAUCAGGGAGUGCUUCAAGUGGGCACGAAGGUGGUUCUGUAGCUCAUCUAAGCCUAAGACUGGGCAAGGUUCUAACACCCCCAGAGCAAAACACACCAGAAUCGAAAAGCAAUGUUUAUAAAUCAAUGUCUCCUUUGAAGCAGAUUCAUAAUAAGAAAUAUGCAAAUGAAAAGCAAGUCUUCUCACCUACCAGUCGAGGAUUUUCGUCUCCUCUUCGUCUUCGACCUGCUUCUCCCAGUAAGGCGUUACCUAUGACACCUAAUUAUCCUCUGAGGGGGAUGCCAAGUCCAACCAGAACAAGAACUGGUGAUGUGUCUAAAGUGACCAAUACUUUAAAUGGCACACCUACUUCAACUUUGAGCUUUGCUGCUGAUAUCAUCGGGAAAGGGAAGGCGGGUGAGAAUCGGGUUGCUGAUGCACUUGAGUUGAGGCUAUUGUAUAAUCGGCACCUGCAAUGGUGCUUCGUCAAUGCAAGAGCAGAGGUAGCUUGUUAUGUACAUGCACAAAAUGCUGAGAGUGCCCUAUACAAUGCAUUUUUGGCUACUUCAAAGUUACGCCAUUCUGUUAGAUCCAAAAAAACGGAACUGCUUCUAUUGAAGCUCAAUUUGAAGUUGUAUUCCAUCUUCAAGCAACAAGUUCCUGGUUUGGAAAGUUGGGAUCACAUUGAUGAAGAGCAUUCCAGUUCAUUGUCAGCUGCUAUAUGUGCUUUGGAGGCUAGCACUCUUCGCCUACCUGUUGUUGAUGGUGCUAGGGCAGAUAUUCAAAAGAUAAAAGAAGCCAUCUGCUCAACUGUUGAUGUGAUGCAAGCAAUGGCGUCUUCAAUAUGCUCUCUGCUUCCUAAGGUUGAACACACAAAUGCAUUGGUAAAUGAGCUAUCUAAUACAGCUUCCCUAGAGUGUGCUUCACUUGAUAAAUGUAAAGAGCUCUUGUCCAUGGUGGCAGCAAUUCAGGUGAAGCAUUGUAGUCUAAGGACACAUCUGUUGCAGCCGAAGCGCAACCUAUCUGGCUCAACAACAGAAGUGCAAACCGUCACAUCUCUCUGACUGCUUCUUACGAUGAUUGAUCCUCUAACUUCAACCAACCAACACAACUCCGUUCCUUAACCAAAGCGACGCUCAAGCAACAGUGAUCAAUUAGUAUUACAAAGCUGCUUGUUAGUUAAAGAGUUAACAGUGUCAGGCGACUCUAGGAAUGUACUGCACUGUGUUUUUUUAUUUUUUCAUUUGAUGAAAUUAGUUUUUUAAGUGGUUUUGAUUUAUAGGUUUUCCGGUUAUAUUUGUAAAUGUAUAAAUACUUUCACAUCUCCAAAUAUCUUGGCAUCAAAUUUCCCCUUAUUCUUUGUGUGGGGUUGCUGCAUUUAGCGGUAGUAAUUCUCUGGGUGCUGUCCUCCCAAGAAACGUGUGUUGUGUGUGUGGGUGUAUGUUUGUCAGUGUGGGCGUGUAAAGUGUGAUAAUAAUGUGCAUGAUAAGAAGAUUUAUCACUUUGACAUGAUCUGGGAAACUAUGUAAAGGUUGGAUGAUUUCCAGUAUUGUGGGCUUUUCACGAUAUCUUAGGUAAAGUGUUGUCUUGAUUCGGCUACUCUAUUCGGG